AUGGCAAAGCUAGAAAUCGAUGAAGGAAAUUCAAGGAAUGUAAGUUUAAGAUUGAUUGGUAAACGAUGUAGAGAUGGCAGAACUUAUAAUUUAUCUUCUGUAUCUGAAGUUGCUGCAUUAAUAGUUGGUGAUUUUGACGAAGCUUUGGGUGAUAGAGACAUUAUUGUUGAAUCCCAGAAUGGUGAACUGCAACGUAUCCCUGAAUUGCAUCCAUCUUUUCUAGGUUUACAAUAUCCUAUUCUAUUCCCUUAUGGUGAAGAUGGUUAUAGAGAAGAUAUUGAUUUUGCAAUUUCUAACAAUUCUGGUUUGAAUAGUAGAAAGAAAAUCAGCCCAAGGGAAUAUUUCUCUUUCCGUUUGCAACAAAGAGAAGAUGAACCUCCCACUAUUUUGCAUGCUCGAAGAUUGUUCCAGCAAUUUGUAGUUGAUGCAUACACAAUGAUUGAAGCUGGACGACUGAGGUUUGUUCGAACACAUCAAAAGCAAUUGUGCGCCGAAAUGUACAAAGGUUUAAAUGAUGCAAUUUUGAGGGGUGAGACUGAUCCAUCUACCCAAGGCAAGCGAGUUAUUUUGCCUUCCAGUUUUGUUGGAGGUGCGCGCUAUAUGAUUCAAAAUUAUCAAGAUGCAAUGGCUCUUUGUGGAUGGUUUGGUUAUCCCACUUUGUUCAUUACUUUCACUAGCAAUCCAAAGUGGCAUGAGAUUGUUAGGUUUGUCGAUAGUAGGGGCUUGAAAUAUACUGAUCGUCCAGAUAUUGUUUGUCGAAUAUUCAAAGUUAAGUUAGAUGAGUUAAUCAGAGAUAUCCGUAAGAAUAAGAUUUUUGGCAAUGUUCAAGCAGUUAUUUACACUGUGGAGUUUCAGAAGCGUGGAUUGCCUCAUGCGCAUAUUUUGUUUUUUCUUAGUAAGGAAGACAAACAGAUUGUUGUUGAGCAGAUUGAUAAGUUUAUUUCAGCUGAAAUUCCUGCAGUUGAAAUUGAUCCUUUCUAUCAUGCUAAUGUUGCUGAAUUAAUGGUGCAUGGUCCUUGUGGUGUUUCUCGACCAUCAUCACCAUGCAUGGUGAAAGGCCGGUGUGGUAAAUAUUUUCCAAAAAGAUUUGUUGAUGCUACAACUUUUGAUGGAGAUGGUUAUCCUAUUUAUAGACGUAGAGAUGAUGGUCGAGUUGUUUUAAAGAAUGACAUUCCAUUAGACAAUAGAUAUGUUGUACCUCAUAAUCGUUAUCUAUUGAUGAAAUAUGGAGGUCAUAUAAAUGUAGAGUGGUGUAAUCAGUCUCGAUCUAUUAAGUAUUUGUUUAAAUACAUCAAUAAGGGGCUUGAUCGUGUUACUGCUACAUUUAUGGAAUCAGGGAUGGAUAGUAGUGAGAAUAAUAUUGAUGAAGUAAAGAUGUAUUAUGAUUGUAGGUAUGUUUCUUCUUCUGAAGCUGUUUGGAGAAUUUUUGGAUUUGAUAUGCAAUAUAAGGAUCCACCUGUUGAGAGACUGGGUUUCCAUUUUGAAAAUGAACAGAGUGUAAUUUUUUCUGAAUCUGAACCUCUUGAUAUUAUUUUGGAUCGAAGAACAGCUCAUCAAAGCAAGUUUUUAGGUUGGAUGGAAGCAAAUAAAAUAUAUCCUCAAGGUAGGGAUCUCACUUAUUCUGAGUUUCCAACAAGAUUUGUUUGGAAGGGUAAUUGUUGGCAACCUCGGAAGCAGAGAUUUGCUAUUGGGAGAAUGUUUUAUAUUGCUCCUGGUUCUGGUGAAAUGUACUACUUGAGAUGUUUGUUAAAUAUAGUUCGUGGAGCUACAUCUUAUGAAGAAAUUCGGUGUGUGAAUGGAAUUCAGUAUGAUACAUUUCGAGAGGCUUGCUUUGCUUUAGGUUUGCUGGAUGAUGAUAAGGAAUAUGUUGAUGGUAUUACUGAGGCAAAUUUGGUGUUGAAUGAUGAUGAAAUAAAAAAUUUGGCAUUGGUUGAGAUUGAUAGACUUUUGGUGAAAGUUGGUCGGAGUUUGCGUGAUUUUGAUGAUAUUCCUUAUCCAUCGUCUGAAAAUUAUCAAUUAUCAGUUGAUGGAUUGAUUAAUGAGGAACUAUGUUAUGAUCACGCAUCUUUGUCAAAAGAUCUUCUCAACUUUAUAUCAAAAUUCACUGAUGAGCAGCUACAUGUAUAUGAUGUCAUUAUGACUUCUAUCAAUUCAGAUAUUGGUGGAAUGUUUUUUGUCUAUGGAUAUGGAGGUACUGGUAAAACCUUUAUUUGGAGAUCUUUGUCGGCAGCUAUACGUUCUAAAGGAGAAAUUGUUUUAAAUGUGGCUUUAAGUGGUAUUGCUUCAUUGUUAUUGCCUGGUGGUAGGACAGCUCACUCCCGGUUUAAGAUUCCUAUAAACCCAAAUGAGGAUUCAGUUUGUAAUAUUAAUCAAAGUAGUGAACUUGCCUCAUUGAUUAGAAGGUGUAAACUUAUCAUAUGGGAUGAAGCUCCAAUGAUCCAUAAGUAUUGUAUUGAGGCUUUGGAUAAGAGUUUGCGGGAUAUCAUGCGAAGUGACAUUCAUUCAAGUAUGGAAUUACCAUUUGGUGGGAAAACCGUUGUUUUUUGUGGUGAUUUUAGACAGAUAUUACCGGUUGUUCCUAAGGGAAGUCAUCAAGAUAUUGUUAAUGCAACUAUCAAUUCUUCUUAUCUUUGGAAAAGUUGCAAAGUUUUGAGGUUGACCAAAAAUAUGAGACUUUUUGGUGUUGAAUCUGCCGAGGAGGCAUCGAAGUUGAAAGAAUUUUCGGAUUGGAUUGCAUCUAUUGGAGAUGGAGUUGUUGGAGGGCCAAAUGAUGGUUAUGCUAAUAUAGAUGUUCCGAAUGACAUCUUACUCAAACUGGAUGGUGAUCCUUUGAAGACAAUUGUGUCCAGCAUUUAUCCUGAUUUCAUGAAUGAAGGUAAACUACGAUCUUAUUUGCAUGAUCGAGCUAUUUUGGCUCCUACAUUGGAGAUUGUUGACUCUAUCAAUGAGUACAUGAUUUCUUUUAAUCAGUCUGAAGGUCGUACUUACUUUAGUUCAGAUUGCAUAUCUAAAUCUGAUUCCAACUUCAAUGCUUUGUCUCAUGUUCAUGGUGUUGAAUUCUUGAAUUCAAUAAAGUGUUCUGGUACUCCCAACCAUGAAUUAGUGUUGAAGAUUGGUACUCCUGUGAUGUUAUUAAGAAAUGUAGAUCAUUCCAAUGGAUUGUGCAAUGGUACCCGUUUAAUUCUCACACGAUUGGGUGAUCAUGUUUUGGAAGGAGAAGUUUUGGGUGGUCUUAAUUCGGGCCAUAAGGUAUUGAUACCUAGGAUGCCGUUAGUUCCUUCUGAUACAAGGCUUCCGUUCAAGUUCCAGCGUCGACAAUUUCCAUUGAUCGUGUCCUAUGCAAUGACUAUCAACAAAAGCCAAGGUCAGUCUCUUGCUCAUGUUGGUCUCUUUUUGAAAAAGCCUGUAUUUAGUCAUGGACAACUUUAUGUUGCUCUUUCAAGAGUUACGAGCCGUGAUGGUUUAAAGAUUUUAGUUUGUAAUGAUGAUGAUGUAGGUUGUGAUUCAACUGUUAACGUUGUUUUUAAAGAAGUUUUUCAAAAUCUAUAA